UAAUUCCAAUGCGACGACCACAAACGCAGCAAACGUCUUCAACACAAAACAACAAAUCCUUGGAAAGAAAGGUUCAACUAACUAUGGCAAACUUAAAAGCGUCAGAAAGUUUACUUCCAAAAUCGUUGUUGGACCGUGAUUCGAAGCUUGUUCCAAACAAUGUUGCUGCAAAAACGUUUAAGCAUGGGCGUACUCUUCAUAAUGUUUUCUGUUGUAAUGAUCUUUCUCCCAAAAAAGUCAAUAAAGUUCCAACAACCUCCUCAACAAGAGAUAGAGGACGUAUUCCAUUUUAUCGAAAUGUUAACCGCAGUGCUAAUAGUACUAACAAUUCUGUGAGUUUAUCAACAACAAAAAAUUCGUCUCAAGUAAAAGAAGCUGCAACAAUUGGACCUAAAAGGAAGAUUGAAUUUUCUAAAGGUUUUUAA